CGCGCGCGCUCAAAAGCCCGGAUGGGCCGCGGCUUCCGGCGCGGUGCCCUCGGACGGCAGGGGGCGCGCAUCCGGCGCACCUCGGCCAGCUCGGCAGGUUUAGGGGCCUAUGCGGCCCGGUGUAACUGAAAGGAAAAUGGAGCAAGAAGCCUAGUCUGAGGGGUAGCCCUCACCCCUCUGACCGAGGUCCUGCCGUUUCACCGCCAGGAGCCUCUUUUUUUCUCCGGAUCUACUGCGUUCGAGCGCCCCGCCGGCCAGGGCCCUGCGAGUGGGAUGGUCGCCGAGGCCCGGGGCGUCGGGCUUCCGCGCGCCCGGUGACGGAAACUGGGGAGCUUCGGGGACACCCCCCCCAACUCCGACUCCAGUCGCGGAAAACCCCAAUUAGUGAGCAUCAGGCAAAUGUGCAAUACCAACAUGUCUGUGUCUACUGAUGGUGCUGUAAGCACCUCACAGAUUCCAGCUUCGGAACAAGAGACCCUGGUUAGACCAAAGCCAUUGCUUUUGAAGUUGUUGAAGUCUGUUGGUGCACAGAAGGACACUUAUACUAUGAAAGAGGUUAUAUUUUAUCUUGGCCAGUAUAUCAUGACUAAACGAUUAUAUGAUGAAAAACAACAACAUAUUGUAUAUUGUUCAAAUGAUCUUCUAGGGGAUUUGUUUGGAGUCCCAAGCUUCUCUGUGAAGGAGCACAGGAAAAUAUAUACAAUGAUCUACAGAAAUUUGAUAGUAGUCAGUCAGCAAGAACCAUCAGAUUCAGGCACAUCUGUGAGUGAUAACAGGUGUCACCUUGAAGGUGGGAGUAAUCAAAAGGACCUUGUGCAAGAGCUACAGGAAGAGAAACCUUCAUCUUCAGAUAUGGUUUCUAGACCAUCUACCUCAUCUAGAAGGAGAGCAGUUAGUGAGACAGAAGAAAAUUCAGAUGAAUUACCUGGUGAACGACAGAGAAAGCGCCACAAAUCUGAUAAUAUUUCCCUUUCCUUUGAUGAAAGCCUUGCUCUGUGUGUAAUAAGGGAGAUAUGUUGUGAAAGAAGCAGUAGCAGUGAAUCGACAGGAACUCCAUCAAAUCCGGAUCUGGAUGCUGGUGUAAGUGAACAUUCAGGUGAUUGGUUGGAUCAGGAUUCAGUUUCAGAUCAAUUCAGUGUAGAAUUCGAAGUUGAGUCUCUUGAUUCAGAAGAUUAUAGCCUUAGUGAAGAAGGACAAGAACUCUCAGAUGAAGAUGAUGAGGUAUAUCGAGUUACUGUGUAUCAGGCAGGCGAGAGUGAUACAGAUUCAUUUGAAGAAGAUCCUGAAAUUUCCUUAGCUGACUAUUGGAAGUGUACUUCAUGCAAUGAAAUGAAUCCUCCCCUUCCACCUCAUUGCAACAGAUGUUGGGCCCUUCGUGAAAAUUGGCUUCCUGAAGAUAAAGGAAAAGAUAAAGGGAAUAUGUCUGAGAAAGCCAAACUAGGAGACUUGAUGCAAGAAGACGAGGGCUUUGAUGUCCCUGACUGUAAGAAAUCUACGGUCAGUGAUUCCAGAGAAUCAUGUGUUGAAGAAAAUGAUGAUAAAAUCACACAAGCCUCUCUGUCUCAAGAAAGUGAGGACUAUUCUCAGCCAUCGACUUCUAAUAGCAUCAUUUAUAGUAGCCAAGAAGAUGUCAAAGAGUUUGAGAGAGAAGAAACACAAGACAAAGAAGAAAGUAUGGAGUCUAGUUUUCCCCUUAAUGCCAUUGAACCUUGUGUGAUUUGCCAGGGUCGACCUAAAAAUGGUUGCAUCGUCCAUGGCAAAACAGGACAUCUCAUGGCAUGCUUUACCUGUGCAAAGAAGUUAAAAAAAAGGAAUAAGCCGUGUCCAGUAUGUAGGCAACCAAUUCAAAUGAUUGUGCUAACUUAUUUCCCCUAGUUGAACUACCUGUAAAAACAGACUUAUAGGCCUAAAAAUUUAGACCUGAAAUUUAUUUUUAUUUUUUUAGCUGUAUUAAAGCAAGAUAAUACCUUACAUGUAGAUCUCUCCCAAUAGUGAUUAUUCCUUUUAGGAAAAUGCCUAUUCUGUUGCUACUUUAUAUUUGGCAUUCAGUGUAAUUUAGAUUGGGUUUAGUACCUUUCAUGUAAACAAAAAAGUUCCUGUGAAAGAUUUAAUAUUUAAAUUUUAGAUACUCUUAAACCUUCUAAUCUGUCAUUUUUGUAGUCUUUCAGAGAGACUUAAAGUACAGUAAGCCUCCUACAUGUGAAGAUUUGCAACCUUUAAGUUGUGAACUUUCAAAGAUGCAAACAAGCGUUUGCAUACUCAGCCACUAAGUUCACGUAUCUUAUACAUUGUCACGUGCAUCCAUCCUCUGCAGCCGGUGCUUUUGUAUAUACUGUACACUACUGUGCAGAGUACAGUGGUACAGUAUUUUUUAUUUCAAGCUCAGGAUGUCCAGAAGCAAGUGUAAAAGCAGGAGGGAUAUAGCUGUUACUGCUGAGAAGCACCAAGUGAGGAGAAAGAAAUGGCAAUCCACUCCAGUAAUCUUGCCUGGAAAACCCAUGGACAGAGGAGUCUGGCAGGCUACAGUCCAUGGGGUUGCAAGAGUCAGACAUGACUUAGCAACUAGACCAUCCACCACUACAAAGUGAAUAUAUGCUUAAAGGUAAUGUCUGAAAAGGAUAUUUGUUAUGUAUUACCUAAUUUCUUGGUGGGAGGGUGGGAAUCAAGGAAGACUUGGGGUUAUUUUUUCAUCAGCUUCCAUUUUAUACUUAUUUAUAAUGGCCAUUAUUUUUACCAAUACUGUAAAACUAUCAAAAUGAAUAAAAUACUAAAAGUUUCAUAUAGCCAAAAAAAAAGAAGCACCAGGUGGUAACUGGGAACGAAAGUGAAAACAGUUGAGAGAGUGGACUGACAAGAGGAAAAAUGUAGCUGAAGAACCAAAGAGGUUCGCAACACAGGAAAUGGCAUGGGGAUUUUCUUUGAGGAGGCACCGUUCAUUGUUGAGACACAGGAGCUAAAUGUGGAACAAGAAGGUCGCAGCAGCCAUUCAGAAUGCAGUCCAGUGUUACCAUGUCAUUUUAUGAUGAGAAAAAACAGCUACCACCCAGACAUCCCUGGAUCGUUUCUCUAAGAGGGUAGAUAGAGCUGAAUCUGGUGAGGAGCCAGAGCCUGUGCCAUCAGCGUCAAGCAUGAGUGCAGUUGCAGCCCGCUUCUGUCUCCGGUUGCUGGCCAUCCUUCAGCCCCAACCUCUCCCUCCAGUCAGUAACUCUUCUUGCCUGUUCACUUGGUGCCAGUCCCUGCGUACCAGCUGAGUUGUACUAGUAUAAUGUACUGCUGUAUUUUUUUAAGGUACUGCUCUGUAAGAUAAAAAAAUAUUUUAUUUUUUUGUGGUUUUAUGUAUUAUUUGUGUGAAAAGUAUUUUAAACCUAUUACAGUAUAGUACUAUGUAUCCGAUUGUGUUAGUUGGGUACCUAGGCUAACUCGGUUGAACUAAGGAACGUACUGGACUUAACAAAUAUGCUCUUAGAACAGAACUUGUUUGUAUGUAGGGGACUUACUGUACUCUUUCUAGAUAAAAGAAAUAUUGGUGCUACAUGAGUAGCACUUACACAUUUCUCAUUCACCAGUCUCUUGGAUAUUGUCAGGGAUAGACUAAACAGAUUGUUUUUAUACUAGCCGAAAAUGUCAUAACCUCUCUAAAUUGUCCAAAAAUUAUACAUUAUUUUAAGAAUAACAAAAAAUUCUAAAAUAACUCUCAAACUGUAGAAUAACAUCUUGAUUUAUAUUAAAUCUUCAACAGAAUAGUGAAAGUAACUUUGAUUUACAAGGUCCCUGUGUUUUUCUCCUAUAUAUGACAGUUGUACAUACUCAAGUGAGGAUAAUAAAAUCAACUGAACUAUGAUUAAGAUAGAACUGAGUGGUAAUUUUGUACAGCAAGUUUGUGUGCCAGUUACAGAAUAUGGUAUUAAACUUUAAAAAUAACCCCCUCACACACACACACACCCCCCUUACCCAUGUAUACAGAUAGGUAGGUAAUGACUGAAUGGAUCAGUACUUAGCCAAAGAGUGUUCCUCAAAUAGAGUAAAGCUUAAUUUGGGAUUUAUAACACUUAAGCUAGGGCUAAGUAGAAUUGAUCUCUGAGGAGAAAAAAGAUUAUAAACACCGUAUAGUCUUCUCCAUAGCUAUGAGUUCCACAUCCAUGAAUUUUAACUUGGUUUGGAAAUAGGAAAAAGAUACCAGAAAGUUUCAAAAAGAAAACUUGAAUUUGUUGUACCCUCUCAACUACAUAGCAUUUGUGAUACUUUUGGUGUUCUAAGUAAUCUAGAGAUUUAAUUAAAAGUAUAUGGGAGAAGGAGAACCGUUGCAAAGGUUAUGUGCAGAACUAUAGUAUUUUAUAUAAGGGACUUGAGCAUCAGAUUUUGGUAUCCCAGGGAUCAGGGGGAAUCUUAGAACCAAUUCCUUAUGGAUACUGAAGGACAGCUGUACAUUUAGAAUGUAACUCAAUAAUUAUGCUCCUUACAAAACAUUCAAACUGCUGGAAAUAAUUUCAUUCAACAUACACAUGGAUUACUAAUGCAGUCUUGAUUGUCUAAAUAUUUUGAUGUAGCAUAUGUAUUUAUUGAUUUACAAAUAAAAGAUGUACUGAGUGCUUAA